GACAUCGGGACGUGGGUGGAUCAGUUAGAGAUGGCGUCCCUUCUGCAGCCAGACAGGGUCCUUUACCUCGUUCGUGGAGAAAAAAAGAUUCGAUCUCCGUUGUCUCAACUGUAUUUCUGCCGUUAUUGCAGUGAAUUGCGUUCCCUGGAAUGUGUGUCUCACGAGGUCGACUCCCAUUACUGUCCAAGCUGCCUGGAGAAUAUGCCUUCGGCAGAGGCGAAGCUGAAAAAGAACAGGUGUGCCAACUGCUUCGACUGCCCAUGUUGCAUGCACACCCUGUCCACUCGAGCCACCAACAUCCCUGCCCCUCUGCCCGAUGACCCCACCAAGACGGCCAUGAAGAAGGCUUAUUACCUGGCCUGUGGCUUCUGCCGCUGGACCUCCAGGGAUGUGGGCAUGGCUGACAAGUCUGUGGCCAGCGGUGGUUGGCAGGAGCCAGAGAACACGCACUCUCAGCGGAUCAAUAAGCUGAUAGAGUAUUACCAGCAGUUGGCCCAACGAGAGAAGCUGGAGAGAGACAGGAAGAAGCUGGCUAGAAGACGACCGUUCAUGCCUCUGGCCUUCUCGCAACACACUAUUCAUGUGGUGGAGAAGUACGGCCUUGGUACCCGGCUGCAGAGGCAGAGGCCUGGAGCUCCCAUCUCCAGUCUGGCUGGCCUCUCCCUGAAGGAGGGUGAGGACCAGAAGGAGAUCACCAUUGAGCCGGCCCAGGCCCUGGAGGAUGUAGAGCCUCUACCUGAGGACUGUUACACCAGACCCAUCAACCUACCUGAAGUAACCACCCUCCGCCAGCGGCUGCUCCAGCCAGACUUCCAGCCGGCGGGGGCCUCCCAGCUGCACCCCAAACACAAGCACCUCCUCAUCAAGCGCUCGCUGCGCUGCAGGAAAUGUGAGCACAAUCUGAGCAAGCCAGAGUUUAACCCCACCUCAAUCAAGUUCAAAAUCCAGUUAGUGGCUGUGAGUUACAUCCCUGAAGUGAGGAUAAUGUCCAUUCCGAACCUGCGCCACAUGAAGGAGAGCCAGGUGCUGCUGACCCUGACCAACCCAGUAGAGAACAUCACCCACGUCACUCUGGUGGGCUGUGAGGAAGGGGACCAAGAUGACAUCAACACCACCGCUAAGGUGUGUGUGCCCACCAAGGAGCUGCUGCUAGCAGGGAAGGAUGCCGCUGCAGAGUAUGAUGAGCUGGCUGAGCCCCAGGACUUCCAGGAUGACCCUGACGUGGUGGCCUUCAGGAAGUCCAACAAGAUCGGCUUCUUCAUCAAGGUGGUCCCUCAGCGGGAGGGCGACGCCGACGUCACCGUCUCCUUCAAGAUCCGCCACGACUUCCGCAACCUGGCGGCCCCCGUCAGGCCUAGCGAGGAGGGGGGCGAGGCCCCCACCGAGGCCAUCUGGCUCACACACCACGUGGAGCUGAGCCUGGGCCCGCUGGUUCCCUGAGAGGACGCGCACGCACGCUGACACACACACACACACACACGGUUCAUCAGAAAACCUUACUGUAGACGCGGAGUAUCUCUGUUGAUCGCUCUUAUUGGGGAAACGUACACUACAUGCGCCAAACGCACACAUACGCAGACAUACAUGGGACACGCUUCAUAUCUUUCUCUUGCGGUCUGUGAUAGACAGCCUUGCACUUCGCUGGUUGUCCAAUCAGAACUCCUCUGCUUCGCUCUUAGGCCUCAUGCUCGUCAUCGUCAUCAGACUAACGAGAGUAUUUAUCUGCAUGCUACAGCUAUCUCUAGACUCACACGCUGCAGGUAUAUAGCCCAGUCAGUUUGGUUGCCUAUUGUAAUACUGUUAUACACUCAAGGUUGGCCUACUGGUCCACGUCGGGAUGUUUAGUUUAGUUUGUUAUUUUGCUGUCGUCUUCAGGUGUUUUAUUGGCAUCGAGUGGAGUGUAAAGGAGCUCUGUAUGUACAUGAUGAAGUUUGUGCAGCACUUUGAUGUAUAAUGAUAGUCGGCCAUCAGUUUGAACUCACACGACCAUGUUAAGUCCAUGUUAAAUGUUUCAUCAGCCUAUUUAAAAAUGUUGAUCAGCCUCCAAGUCGCUGUCUCCAUUUUGGUUUUCAAAGGAUCAACUCUGGAACACACUCCUUGGUUUGUAGUAGGACAGAGCCUUACGAUGUGGCUAACCUGUAUUGGCUAAUAAAAUGAUGUGAUCAAAAUCG